UCGCAGCCGCAGCUCCUGAGGAGCCGGCACCCGCCUCCAGCUCGGAGCCCGAGCCCCUGCAGCGCUCCCCUUCCCCAGAGCCGGCACCAGGGCGGGGAACGGACCGGGAGCCCCCCUAGGCCGCGGCCGGCCCUCGGGGAUGCGCAGCCCGGAGCCCCCCUCCCCGCGGCCUGCCCCGGGGGCGCCCCUCCUCUCCCCCCGGCGGCGGCGGCGGGCAGGGCCGGCCAGGGGGGGCCGCGGCGGCCGGCCCCAGCGGGGCGGAGGUCGGCCGCCUCCACACGCCCCCCGUCCAGCAGCCGGCGGCGGCUGAGGGAGGAGGAGGAGGCGGCGGCCGCGCCCGCCUCGCCUCCCGCCCGCCGGGGAGCCGCGGCUGAGGCGCAUGGAGACAGCGGCCGGCGCCGCGGGCUGGGUUCUUUUCUUCCAUCUUCCUCUCAUCUCUGGAAGCUCCAUCCGUAUUGGAAUAGGCAGCAAUUAUUCCAAUCUCUACGAACAGAGCAUUCUGCCUUGUAAAAAAGAAGAACUACAGUGUGGUAACGGCCUCUGCCUCUCAAACUGGCUGCGCUGUCACUACAAGAAGGACUGUGGCAGAGACUACAUGUCCAUCAAGCUAACCUGCUCAAAAGUUCACUUGAACCAGAGCAGCCCAACCAGUGAAUUCCCCAGCUACGGUGAAAACGGAAAUGAUACCAGUUUGCUUGUUUCACCCCUUCUGGUGGCUGGAGUAGUGAUCGGCCUUGUGCUAUUUCUCUCCUGCGUUACCAUCAUUGUUGGCAGUCUGCGAAAGGACGGACGGUUAAGGCACCCACACCAGAGGAGAGACGCUGUUUACGCUCCAGAUGGCUUCUCUUACGGUGGCUCUUUUGGGGAGCUGAGAUCCACUUGCAUGGAGGAGUUCCCCCCAGCUUUUGAUUUUGGUUCCUAUCUGGAUACGCUUUCUCAGGUCAACAUCAUGUAUCCCGAUUCACCUCCACGCUACGAUGAAUGCGUGGGGCCAGGAGCAACACAAAUGUAUAUUCCCACAGAUGAUCCCCCUCCCUAUUCUCUUACGGACCCCUGUCAAGGAAAUGAAAUAUCUAUAAACAUUAGCCUGGAAGAGGAAGAAGCACCUGGAACUACAGGACAGGCUGCAAAUUACGCUGUCAGGCUGCAGGACUUGCAGCAGCCCAUUUCAUCCAUCUCUUUGUCAUCUCUCACUCUGGAGGCUGCUCCUCUGUACGAAACAGUGGUGUGCGAACAGAACAUCCCCAUCCCACUGGUUCCAGUGGAAGUACUGAAAAAUUCUCCCACUGACUAUCAGACCAUUCUGAACCAAAUCAUGUGAAUAAAAGUGGCUUUUUCCUUCCAUCUUUCUGAAGAACUCAGGCUGAGAAAAAAAAAAACAAAAAAAACAAAAAACAUUUAAACGGAAGAAUAAAACCUCUGAAAGUUUUACCUAUUUUAUAUCUUUAAAAAGGGAUGUAAUGGGAUUGCUUUUUUUUAUUUUUUACAGUGAAUUUUGAAAGUUUACCUGAAGUUCCCUCUUUGUGCUUCAAAGUGUUCCAUGGCAUCACACAGCAUAAAAAAGCAGCAGUGACAAGCAGCGCAUCCGACCUUUUGAAGCAUUUCUAACCACACUGAAAUUAGCCUCUCGGUGUAGAUAUAUGUUAUCCAGUCAAGCUAACUUGUUGAUUUUAUGAUACUUUGCAUGCUUUAGAGCAGAAGGAAAAAGAAGAGCAUUUUGUUGUCUUUGUAGGUGUCAUUAGUACAUUUCAUUCAAUGUCUUGGCAACAAAGCAUUUUUUAAAAAAUCAUUUGUCUAAAUACGUAUUUCAGUAGACAGAGAUAGACCAGUGCCUGCAAAACAUGAUUAGCAGUACCGCGUAGGAGCCAAACAAAAAGAAGCAGAGUAUUUUGAUACUCACAUUUUUCCUUCAGAAAGCCUGGCCAGUAGCAAAGCCUGCUGUAAACGGGCAAGCGAUGGAGAGGUGGCAAUGGAUCCUCACACACCAAUUGGCUUUACCCAUCAAGUUGUGCUCCAGCUGUGUGCAUGCCUGGGAGCUGUGCACCUUCACAGGGACUUCAAGCAGCUAAGGAAAGGCAGCAUCUAGAAGCCCAGAAGAUGUUUUGUGCCAAUUCCCAUCGUGCACAACUACAUUUUCAGGCACUAACUGAUCUCAUUCUUCAGUUAGGAGCCUGUAGCACAAAAAUGGACCUUGACCUCUAGAAAUUGAGCAAGUGGGAUGUACAUAAUAGAUGCUGCACUCGGCAGUCACGAUAACAGAGAUUCUCACUUUGUACAGAAACUCUUUCUAUUAGACAUGAUCCUCUUCACUGAAAUUUUGCUACUCAUAAACCUAGUCUCUGUUCAAAGACCUGGACGUCUCACACGUUCAUUUGAUGAAUGUGGAGAAGUUGCAGAUGCAUGCUGGCAGGAACAAUGGAAGAAACCGCAGGCAUGAGUUUAAUCUUGCACGGUACACAGUCAUCCUGUCUACAUUUAAGGACUAAGCUGUAUCUUCAACCAGUACUAGUUAGCAGAGUUAUCAGGGGGUCAUCUGCAUUAAAUCUCUUACGGGUAUUUUUACUGAAAACAAUGUUUAACUUUUACACUGAUAAAAUGGACUUCAGUUUGUUACCCCCAAUGAAGGAUGAGUAAAAAGGAGUACAGUACAUGUACAACUGUGUUUAAAAGGAAGCAUCAUUCACAUUCUGAAAACUGCACUUAGAUUUUCUGUAAAUACAAAAUAAUUUUCAACAGUAAUCAUUACUCAACACUCCAAAGAUUGACACAAAUCCAUUUAAUACUUAGACGGGAAGUAAUUACGUGAUUCUUACUGCUCUAUGAAUUAUAUCAUUGCUGAGUCAUAUGCACAUGAUGGGGUAAGGUAAGUGUGUAUGUUUUGCUAAACAGGUAAGAAUAAAUAUCAGACAGAACCAUUCUUCUGUAUAAAGUACUAGUGGAAAUAGUUUUGUGGCAUGCAAAACACCCUGCAACCAGAGAGACAAAACUCUGCACCAUUACGGCCAGAAAA